AUGGAUAUUGAAGACAUAUUGAACUUGAUGCAGGAGAUUUGGGCUUCGAGACCUGAGGGUGAGCAGUCCGGUCUGAGUCGUGACUCUGUUCAGUGGUCUGAUCUGUGUGAUGUGUCGCGAUGUUUGGGCGCUCGCUCGCUCAGUGCAUUAUGUCGCCGCUUCGCUCAGGACUAUCGCUACACGACCGCCGGAUUCCCAGAUCUCACGCUGUGGAACAUAAGAUUCGUGGAAGUGAAGAGUGAUACAGACAAGCCGUCAUUGAAGCAGAUACAGUGGAUGCACUAUCUACAGCAAAACGGUAUCGACACAGAGUUUUGUUAUGUAGGAGUUCACACUAUGAGGAAAAAAGCUAGGGCACAGUAG